ACAGUACUAAAAGUACUGCUGACUCCACCUUGGGCAUAAGUCCAGAUUAUACUCUGGUGAUCCAUGGUGGAGCUGGAGAAGAGAUGAUGCUGAACACCCAUGUGAUUGGGGUUAUUGAGUUUGCUCUACAGGCGGCCUUAAACCUUGGAUCCCAAGUGCUUCAACAAGGUGGCAGGAGUCUGGAUGCAGUUCAGAGGUCAGUGGAAGCUCUGGAGGACUGCUUCCUGUUCAAUGCCGGUAAAGGCUCGGUAUUCAACAAAGAUGGCAAAAAUGAAUUGGAAGCAACCAUUAUAGAUGGCAGUGCAGUGAGGUCAGGAUCGGUUGCUUGUGUGCAAAGUGUGAAGAACCCAAUAAAAGCAGCCAGAUGUGUCAUGGAGAAAAGUUCACAUUCACUCAUUGUGGGAGAUGGGGCUGAGGAAUUUCUGCAAGGGCUGGAGGAGAAAGAGAAGCCUGUUGGGUGUGAGUAUUUCUACACUGACAUACGUCACAAAGAAUUAACUGCAAAGCUCAGUGGUGGGAAAACCUCAAAAAACAAUCACCCUCAAACAGUUGGAGCUGUGGCCUUGGAUCGCUGGCAUGGGUUGGCUGCUGCAUCCUCCACAGGUGGGUUAGUGGGAAAACUGAAAGGGCGAGUUGGGGAUACAGCAGUGGUGGGGGCAGGAACAUAUGCUGACGACAAGUUAGCUAUCACCUGCUCUGGAGAUGGAGAUGUAUUUCUGAGACACACAGUUGCUCAGAAAAUAGCUGGUCUCUACCACCAUAAAGGCUACGGCCUUCGGCAGGCAUGUACAGAAGUGAUGGCUGAAAAUCUGAAUGGGGUCUGUGCAGGUAUCAUUGCUGUGGACACUAAAGGUGAUGCCAUCAUUGAAACAAACUCCGGUGUGAUGUUUGUGGCCUCAAUGAUAAGUGGUAUUUCACGAGUAGAGGUUCUCAGGCCCCUGAAGAGCUUCUCUGACGUGAUCUGGGAAACAGAUGAGUUGGUUGCCUACCUGAAUCCCGACCCCUGGAUCCCUGGGUCAACAAUUCUGACUAGAAAAACUCUUAGUGGGGCAAGCAGCAUCUUCCACUUGGCUACACCUGAUUUUGUGGCUAUGCUGCAAGGAGCAAGAGCUGUGUCAAGCUUACUCUGUGAACGACUGGGAGUGCAGCGCUGUGCCAUGGUUUUCUGUCCAACCCCUCAUCAUUCUGCACAAAUCAGACUGCUCCCACUUCAUGGCCUAGAGCCAAAGUGGCAGCCCCAUAUUGCUGGUGAAGAGGAAUUCCAUGCUUACGAUCCUGGCUACUGCACCUCAAAAAGUGGCCCACGCUGGGAUGAUGAAGCACUUGCACAGGUUCAAGCCAAGAUUAGAAGUGGACUGCCAACACCAAAUGCACCAUCCUGCUUUGACUUCUUUGGAGAUCCUUCAAGUGAUAACCUGUUCAGCCGCAUUGUACGUGGAGAGCAGGAGCAGUGGAGAGUGUGGGAAGACAAUGAGCAUGUUGCCUUCCUCACACCAUACCCAAACACUCCUGGACUAACUGUUGUGGUGCCACGCAAACCAUUGUCCAGUGACAUCUUCAAACUGGAUGACGCUGAUUACAAAGCAUUGAUCUUAGCCAUUCAUAAAGUAGCCCGCCUACUGGAACAGGGGAUGAGAGCUCGAGGUGUUGCACUCAUCUUUGAGGGCUUUGAGAUUGACUAUGCUCAUGCCAAGCUGAUCCCUCUGUUACCUUCACCAGAUGGCACCAAGCCUGCUGAGCUGCAACCAGAAUGUUUUCAAAGCUACCCUGGAUACGUGUCAUCGCUGGAUGGCCCAGCUGCUGACCCCGAGACCCUCAAAACUAUCCACUCAAAAAUCACCAAGUGCAGGCCCUCUCAUUCAUGGGAAGACCCUCACUCCCACUCCACACUUGCCAUUAAGAGCCAGUGGUAUCAGAACCUGUUCCAGAUUCAAAACACUCUUUUCCACAGCACAGUGGAAUAUUUCCACAACUCCUGCCAGUACUCAUAUGCUCUGACCCCUCUCACCACAGACACCAUCUCCUCACCAAUGGGCCUGGGAUCUGACUCAGAACCAGUUUCUGUUAACCUGCUGGGCCAGGACAUCUACCUGGCCGACUCAAUGCAAUUUGUACUUGAAUACUUCCUUCGCUUCCAGGAGAACCUCCCGGGCACCUAUUACAUAUCUCCCAGCUUUAGAGGGGAAGAUCCUGAUGCCACACACUUGAACCAGUUCUACCACGUGGAGUGUGAACUGUUGGGUGACAUGGACAAAGCUAUUUCCACAGCAGAGGGAUACCUGGCUCACCUCACCAAGUCCAUGCUGAAGAAACACUCCAAUAUUAUUCUCAACACCGCUGGGACCCUUACACAUGUCACAGCCAUGCUGAGCAAGCUGGAUGGAAAAACCCCACUACCAAGAGUCCCCCUAGACCAGGCCAUUCCCAUGAUGCCCUCUGCUGACUGUGUCGAGUGGGUCCAAGAUGGUCAGCCCCAGUUUGGCAGAAAGCUAACACGCAAAGGAGAGCGGGUCUUGAUAGAGAAAUAUGGUGGCGCAGUUUGGCUGACUGAGAUGGAUCAUCUGGGAGUUCCUUUUUACCAGGCCUAUGUUGAGGGCACUGGGCGCUGUAAAGCCAAAGCUUCUGACCUUCUGCUGGGGCUGGGUGAGACUGUUGGUCUGGGUGAACGUCAUUCCACCCCUGAGAUGGUACAGGAGGCUCUCAGGCACCAUGCCGUGCCCGAGCAGUCAUACAAAUGGUACAUUAACAUGCGCCAAGUGAAACCACUCCUCACCAGUGGAUGGGGCAUGGGGACAGAGCGCUACUUGUGUUGGCUUCUUCAGCAUGAUGAUAUUAGAGAUAUACAAAUCAUACCUAGAAUGAAAGGAAUGAAAUACAUGCCCUGAUCAUCAAUUCUCCUUGGAUUUUCAGGCCAAUAGAUGUAAUAUACUUGUAAUAAUGGGGCCAAAGUGGAAUAUAGAAUGGAUUUUAACCAAAAAAAAUGCCUCAAUGGUCCCAAGUUUGGGACUUUAAUCCAACUUUGGGUUUCUUGAAAUGUUUUCUGCUGUGUCCAUUGCCAGAGGAAACUUCCUACAGACCUUAGUCCCACCUGACCCUUG